AUGUCUGCUUUCCGCGCGACGCGUACGCUGCUUAAGCGUGUGCCCGAGUCCCCGCACACGUACCACUACCAAGAGGGCCAGACGCCGUUCUGGCGCAAGGCUCGUGACAUCCUGUCGCUGAACCCUGAAAUCUCGUCGGGUCUCCCCCUCCCCCUGGUGAACCGUUACCCUCAGCCUGCGUCUCGCCCCGAGAAGCCGUCUGCGAUGCCGUCCAAGGACAACGCCGCGAACAUGUACUACCACCGUGACUACCGCCGCAAGUUUCCGCAGACGGAUGUCAUCACGCAGUACUACCUGACCGAGCUCCUCCUCGCCGAGCCCAACGAGGACGGCACGAAGAGCCUGCCGUCGCCCGAGAGCGGCGAGUCGACCUCGACGGCGCUCACCCGCCCCGAGGACCUGCACUCGCCUACGGCCUUCACCGAGGUGCUGAACCAGGUGCAGUCGGAGCCCAAGAACGUGUACUCGGCGUCGAACAUGCCCCCGCGCUUCCCCUCGACCAAGCCGCAGCACAUCCUCAAGAUCCAGAAGAACGCUAUCCCCCACGGCCGCUGGGACUACUUCCCUGUCCUGCUGCAGCGCCUGAACGUCGUGACGGCGUUCAUGACGAGCGUCGUGAGCAUCCUGUUGCUUGCGAUCGCGGCGACAAACCUCUCCUUCCCUGACCCCGAGUGCAAGAUUGACGUAAAAAACCUCGAGAUCGUCUACGGCAAGGCGCAGUCGCACGCCGACCGCCGCACGCAGGACUUUGUCGAGACGUCGCUGGACCUCUCGAUCGACGUCACGCCGCUAUUUAAGUGGGAUACGAAGCAGGUCUUUUUGAGCGUCGUCAGCUCGUACACCUCGCCGAACCGCCCCAAGAACGAGGUCGUGUUCUGGGACCGGAUCGUGCGCAGCAAGCGCCAAGGGCGCGUCCAUGUGCCGAAUCUCAGGAACAAGUACGGUCUGCGCGAGGUCUCGCGCACCUUUCAAAACAUCACCUCGAUGGAGUUCAGCGUGCACUGGAACGUCAUGCCGUACGUCGGCAUGAUGCGGCACGGGCGCACGGAGCUCACGCCGCCAGUCACACUCCCCGAGCCCGGCGAGGUGUCUGCGAACAAGGUCCGGUUGCUAAAGUAUUAG